AGCAUUUUUCCCUUACCUCUACGACGAUGCUGGCUGAGGAGCGCGUCUUAGCAACGGAGAGGACGCGGCUGCUCUAGAGAGGAACAGUUGUGAACUUGAAGUUACACUGAGGAGCCGAGUAUCAUGUCGAAGUUAAGCAAAAAGAAGGAGUUGGUGAAGAGCAACAACGUCCUGCAAACCGGCAUUCCCGCUAAAGAUCUUUGGUAUCUUACUGGAUCAGCCUCUGUUGUAAAUCCUUCAGUUGCUUCAGUUGAAGCAAAGAAGGGAAGAUUUCCUAUCUGGCCAGAAUGGAAUGAAGCGGACAUAAAUGCAGAGAAGUGGGAUGCAGGGAAAGGUGGAAAGGAAAAAGAUAAAGCUGGAAGAAGUCCUAUUCUCCACGUCUUUGAAGAUCCAGAAGGGAAGAUUGAUUUGCCACUUUCCUUAAAAGUCAGUUCCUGGAGACGACCACAAGAAUUUUUAAUCAAUAAGGUUCCUGUGGUAGUGAAAAAUGAAAACUGGUUUGACCUCUUUUCAGCCAAUGAACAUUUAAUGGGCAGUGAGCUGAUGAGAUGGAUAAUCUGUGAAAUUUGUGCAGCCUGGAGAAUAUAUAAUGCAAGUGUUCUAAGUGGUGAUGGUAAAGCUAAUAUAAGUGAAAUGCCUACACUAUUAUGGAAACCAUGGGAACAUAUAUACUCAUUAUGCAAAGCUGUCAAAGGACAUAUGCCAUUGUAUAAUAGCUAUGGAAAAUAUGUGGUAAAACUCUAUUGGAUGGGAAGCUGGCGAAAAAUUAUUGUGGAUGACAGUAUACCUUUCAGCGAAGACAAUUACAUGUUGCUUCCAGCUACAACCUGUGAAAUUGAACUUUGGCCACUGAUAUUAUCCAAAGCCAUCAUUAAACUAGCAAACACAGACAUAAAUGAAGUCAGAAAAAGAGAACUGGGAGAAUUCACAGUUCUGCAUGCACUUACUGGAUGGAUACCAGAAAUUAUUCCUCUCCGGUCUGGAUAUUUGGAUAAAGUUUGGGAAUUCAUAAGAGAUGUAGUUCCAGAAUUUAAGCUGCCAGAAGAGUCACUUGCUGAACCCAAAUCAUCAUUUGCAGAUACAAAAAAAGGUUCUGACAUUAAAAAUGACACCCCAACUCCCAUUAAGCAGACAGAAAAGCCAGAGAAAACAGAUAAAGCUGAGAAAACUAGCAAAGCCGAAAAGUCAGAACAAAAAGAAGUUGGAAAGAAGAGAAGCAAGGAUGGGGAAAAAAUAAAGCCAGGAGUUCAUUCUGCACGAUUGAUGUCUACUGAUUUUCCUAGUUCUCUUCAGAUGUUUCUUGAUGGUUCUGCAGCUCCACUGCAACCACAAAUGGUGCUGUAUGCUUGCUAUUCGCCUCUUUAUGUAUCUGAAAGAAAGAUCUUUGAAUUAGGGAAAAUGGCUGAUUCUUCUGAGAAGUUACGUCAGUAUGGUCUCUCACAUAUAUACAGUCAUCCAGCACUGAUAAGCAGAGCAAGGGCAUGUCCUCUGAUAGCACCACUGAAGCCACUGCCUGUACCUCGUUGGAAGCUUAUCCGCCAAAAAAAGGAAACUAUUGUGACAGAUGAGCCCCAAGAACCUAUCUUUAAAAAGCCUGACCAAUUUAUUGAGAUUGCUAGUCCUUUUCUGAACUUUAAACUUUCUCCAAUACCUAUACCAAGAGAUACCCAUUUCCCACCAUCUACAUUUAAAAAGGGAUCACUUCCUGCAUGUAGCCUUUCAUUUGUCACUGAAAAUGAUGAAAAUGUACUUGACGCUUCUACAGAUAUGAAUCCCACGAGUACAGAUGAAAAUUCCCAGGAAUCUAAUUUUGGUCAGCAACAUAUUAUAGAAGGAACCUUAAAAGAUGAAUCGACUGAAAAAAUAAGUACUGAUGCUGUUCAGUUGUUAGAAUUAACUGAUCCUGGCUUAGGCAAUUAUUUGAUAAAUAAGUCUCAGGAAGAAAUUGAGACAGAAAAGAAUCCCAUUUCAAAAGAAAUAUGGAUAGACUAUGAAGAUUUCUGUACUUGUUUUCAGAAUAUCUAUGUUUUCCAUAAACCCAAUACCUAUGCUUACAGCUAUCAGAAAUCAGAUUUUAGGAUGGUAGAUGAUCGUGUCUCCUAUUAUUUGUGUGUGGACAGUGUGAAACCUAUUGAAAUGCUAAUUAGUUUUUCGGCAUUAGUACACUGGGGAGAUUCAGGAGUUGGACAAAAAGAUUACCACUUUAUACCCAAAGGCUUUCUUUUGGUUGAAAAAUUUUCAUGGAAGAAUCUGGUUCCAGGAAAAUUAAUCCUAAAGCUUCAUACAUAUGCCACCAAGGCUGCUAUGAUAAAUCUCCCUCCUGGACGCCAUGUGUUACUCCUGACUGCAAGUUCUCCCAUCGGGCACCAUAUCCAUCUGUGCAGUAUGGUGCCAUGUGUGUUUGGUGAAGAGGAUGUUGUUCUGCCAAGUCUUGACAAGGAGAGCUUCCGGUUUAUAGAGCAAGCCACAUCUAUCAUGAAAGCCAUUGGAAGUGUGCUAAAUAAUUUUGGUAACUGGCCAGAUCUUUCCAGAGCCAUGAGGGGUCUGGAAUUAACACACUGCCCUCCUGGCCUCUGUGGAACAGGAAUAGCUAGAGAACACUUCAAGGCUUUCAAUAGUGCUUUAUGGCAUUUGAUAAAACAAGUGUUAGGAAAUGUUCUUCCAAACUAUGAAUUUGCUUACAAAUGUUUCACUUUGGAUUUCAAACACAGUGAAGUGCCUGAUACUGUAUCCUCAGUGACGACAGAGAUGAGUGUUUCUCAGUGGCAUAACCAAGUUUCCACACCUGAAGAAGAAGCUGCUGUGCUUACAAUACAGGCUGCUUGGAGAGGAACUUAUGUGAGGCAGAUAAUUAACGGCAGGAGACCAGGUACCAAGGAGAAUAUUAAAGUCAGAGAAACACUUCAAAAGUUGUGGACUCUAAUUGAGCCAAAUUUUGAGCAGUAUUCGUUGACGUUUUUGAGAGAUAUAUUUAAAAGUAAUUGCAAGUCAGUGCAAAAAUACCGCUGCCAUGAAGAUGAAUGGACUAAGACAUCUUUUGCUGAUUAUACUGUGACAUAUGGUGACCAGCCACCAAAUUUUUGGUUUGUGGUUUUCAGGGAAGUAUUUUAUGUGCCAGAAGAUAUGAUCAUAGUGCCAAAGGUGUAUACAGCUAUACCAACUUGUGCGUUGCAUGUUGUUGACAAUGACACACUGAGGGAAAUGCCUCGGAUCUUCCUCAGAGUGCCACCACAUCUUUAUACAAGGAAUAAAAAGGGCUAUACCUUCAUGGCUGAAGUUCAAACUGGUGAUCUACCUGUGACAGCUGGGAAAUGGAAGCUUCGGCUCAUAGGUUCCUACCUGCCCCUUCCGGUUCUCAUUCGUGAAACUGUAAACAAUGUGUAUUCAGUUAAGGAAGUUAAAGACUAUUAUGUGCCAAAUGAUAAGCAUAUUGUCUUCAGGUAUGCUGUAAAAGCAACAGUACCAGUUAUUUCUACUGUGCAAGUACAGACCUCUAAAUCAGAUGUAAUAAUUAAACUUCAAAUUCUAGAUUGUGAGGAAGAAAUUGUGAGCACCGUUGGGAAGGGCCAUGCUGUUAUACCUGCAUUUCAUUUCAUAUCUAAUGAGAGACCAUUAAGUAGUCAGUCAAGUAAAGGUCAGGUUAUUCAAAGCAAUGUCAAAAAGGAACCUGAAGUUGUAACUUCGAAGAAAAAAGGUACUGUAUCAGGACAGAAGAACAUCAAGGCUGCAACCAAACCUCUACAGGAAGGACCAGCUUUAGUAGAAGAAGAAGCAGUCACUUUUGUGCCUGUCAUAGAAGACAGUAUACCUCAGCAGCCUCACAAGUAUAUUAUACAAGCGCAAGUGUUGCAUAACAGCUGGCCACUUACUGAAAGCCAAAUGACAUUUGUUCAGACAUUGAGAGAAUUAGAAAAAAAUGAAAUUAAAGCACUGAGGUCUGCAAAUGUGAGGGAAGUCCACCGACGAAGCAUCGCAUCAGCAGCAAAGCAACGAGAAAAAGCACAUGCUGUUGAGAAACAUGAAGAGAGUAUAUCCAUCCUAAAUCCAGAUGUUCACAGCAACACAGAAGGGCAAAAAUCUGCUGGCUCUUCAAAAACAACUAGAAAAACAAAAGACAAAGCAACGGACAAGGCAGAAAAAACUGCCAAAGAAAAACCUCCAUCUGCAUCCUCUAGACCAGAAUCACAGCAGUCUGAUCCAAACAAGCCCAACUGGAUCUUGCGUUUUGUCAUUGAACAAAAUGAAGCAGAAGCAUUGGAUGUAAAGAGAGAUACUGAGAGAGCUGAUGAGAUCAAAGCUAUGAAGCAAGCAUGGGAAGCUGCAGAACCAGGAAGAGCUAUCAAGGCUUUUCAGGAGCGCAUGCAGUUUAUCAAUAAAUGCGUGCGGAAAGGUUUGGUCUACGCUGAGGCUGAGCCUGCCAGUACUGUGGUGGGUUCUGGAGAAGCAGAAACUACUUCUCCAGUUGCAGAACCAGUGACAUCACCAACAGCUACUGAAACAGGCUUAGGAGCCCAGCGAAAAGAAUGGGAGCCUCUGGACCUUACCCCCUACAUUAGAAAAACACUUCCUGAGCCUGUGCUGAAGAAUGAAUCUAUUAUUCAAGAGCAAGAGAUGCGGAAAGCAGAAGAAAUCAAUCUCUUCAGGCAGUUUCGAGAGAUGGUCCUGGAACACAGACAGCAAGAACACACAGCUAGAAAUCAGCUGAAGCAAAAUGUGAUUGAAAUGUAUGAAGAUCAACAAGCAACCUUAGAUGAAGCACGAGGCAGGGUUCUCAGCAUCCGGGAGGCAUACAGAACUAAGCUACUAGAGGCUGAGCGUUUAAGACAAGAAGCACUGGCAGCCGAAGAAGCCGCCCUUCGAGCAGAACAAGAGAAGAAGACCCCAGAUGUACAGAAAAAAAAGCCAGGAAAACGUGCAGGGAAGAAAAAGUAAUCUUGCCUCAAAUAGCAACUGUAGGAACUUCUUUACGAGUCAGGAAAGAGCAUCUUUUUUAUUAUUAUAAAAAGACUUUUUACAGAAUGGUCCAGUAUUCAUAUCUUCAGCACAGAAUAAUGCAAUUCUGUAUUUUUCCCCAGAGUG